AAGAGGCUUCAAUAUUGUGUACAACUUGGGCUGGGGAUUUAGCUCAGUGGCUUAAGCACCUGCCUGGCAAGCACGAGGUCAUGAAUUCGAUCCCCAGAAACCCCCCUCCCCCAAAUUGUGUACAACUUGACAUGUGUGUGUUUUAGAAGUCAUCCUACAAUGAAAGCUAGCCUCAUGUACCAUUGUGUGCAAGGCAAUUUGUUACCUCAAGGAACAAUAGGACAUAAACACAAUCUUAGUGGUUAGUAGGUGUUCUUAAGACAAGAUGUUACCAACUCUCAUAAUUUACAGUUUUACACAUAAUUUACACGGUUUUAUUAAAGGGAUUUUUUGACAUUGAUGUAUUACUAAUCUGAGAUCACUAACAAAUCAAGUUCAAUUAUAUAUGCUUUAUACAUACUGUAUAGUUUUAUAGUAAAUGCUAUUUUUUUUUCAGAAUUAUGGAUGAAACAUCUGGGGUGAUACCUUUCUGUAAUAGGUUUGAAAAUAUUUUGAACACAAGACAAAGGCAGACAAUCUAUAUAUUUCUGUCAUGGUAUGAUAGUAUAUUUAUAACUAUAAUUGGUUGACAUAUAGUACUUAAAAUGGGCUGAAGUGAAUUGAGAGGUAAACAUGCUUUGAAGAAGGACCUAAAAAAUAGUGAUAGCUCUAGUCUCUCCCAGAAUUUUAAGAAAAGGUCUCACACAGUACAGGUAGCACAUCUUGAUACAUUUCCAGUGCAGAAUCAUUAGUUUUGAAUGGUCCUAUAAAGCCAUCAAGAUUCCUGUGCCAUUGUAUUGUUGAUUUUAAAAUUUUACGUGGACAUGAAUUCAUAAUGAGGUAGUCAAGACCUACUGUCAGUUGAAAAAAAUCAAGUUAAAAUGCAUAUUUGGAACAAAGGAAAAUAAUUUGAUAUAUACAACUUUUAAACCGAGACAUAACUAGUAGUUAAAUAGGAUGGAACUGAUGUACAAGGCACAUAAGUGUGGAGGUAUGUGUGGAGAAUAGGUGGAGCUAAAUACUAGAUGAGAAGUUAGACAUUUCGAGACAAAAUUAAGUUCUAUCACUAUAAAACCCUGCUAGUAGAAAAGAUUUUUGUUAACCAGGAAAGUGGUUUUGGAAGCAUUGCCCUGAGAUUUAUCCUGUCUUCAAUGGCAGUCUAGCUCAGCUGACUUAGUGUCUUGCAUAAUGAGCAAAUGUUUAAUCUGGCCUGUUUUGAAGGUUCUUGUAAUUGCCCCUUAUUUGCCUAAGGCAGUUUAAGAAAUUUGAUCCAAGCUGGGUGCUGUGGCACAGGCCUAAAAAUGCUUGUAGUUUCAGUUACUGAGGAGACUGAGGCAGGCAAAUUGCAAGUUUGAGGCCAGUCUGGCCUACUUGUUGAGACCGAAUCUCAGAAUUUACAAAAAGAUAAAAAGGACCGGGAAUGUAGCUUAGUGAAUGGGUGUCCCUAUGUUUGAUCCCUACUAUUGCUAAAAACAGCAGUAACAACAAAAAGCCUCAUAAGCAUAAGCAUAAUGGUAAAUGAAACAAUUCUGUAAUGUCUAUUCUCAGUUACUUCAGAGUCUAGUAAAUAACGUGUACAUGCUUAGGACAUAAGCAUAAUAAAUAGUGUGCAGAGGAUGAAACAUGAAGUAUAGGGUAGCAAGUACUGGAGCAAAAGGAGUAACCCCUUACACUGCACCUGAUACUUUCUGAGGAAUUCAUGAAGUGUAGAAACAGUUUGUAUAGUGGUGAACCCAUGGCAUGUGUGCCAAAGCAAGCUGUUUGUAUGACUGAAAGCUCUAAAAGGAUCUCCAUCACUGACCCUGUUCUUCACAUUGACAUCUCAAAGGCAAUAUGCACUCAGCAGGCUAAGGUGGGAGGAUUGUUGCAAGUUCAAGACCAGCCUGGGCUACAGAGUGAGCUCAAGGCCAGCCUGAACUGCAUACCGAGACCCCAUCAAAAAAAAAAAAAAAAAAAAAAAAAAAAAAAAAAAGCAAUAUGCUAUCUAAAUAACUUAAGCUGGCCUAGAUUGGAAAGAAUUUACAAUGUGUCCUUUUGGCCCGGCGCUUCUAAUAAUCCAGAUUCCAGACUUAUAUUUUAUUACACUGCUCCUGUUUUUCAUGGUAGACAAGGAAAGCAGGAGUUUAUUUAGAUAUGCAAGUGUAGCUUUAGUGUCAGAGACUAAUUUGGGAAUGUUUUUUGUAAGGGCUAAAUUAGCUUUGCACAAGAAAUGACCAGUGACAGCUAUAGACCUGGUUAGCUAAGAAAAUCAUUAGUUGACAAAAAUGACUGGCACGGACACCAGGUGGAAACAUUUAUAGUAGUGUUGCUUUCUGUGAAGAAUCAAAAGGUUAAAGGAGUUAGUUACCUGCUUUUCAGAUUAUGGCUAAUGGCUCUUGCAUCCUUCCUUUAUAUUUGGGUAAUUUGAAAAUCCAGUUUUAAUUUCAUCAGAUCUACAAUGCAGGUUGAGGGGAAGGAAGCCUUUGGUAGCUGUGCCCCACUGUGUUCCAGGACGUGGCAUCCUUGAUGUCCAUGUCAACCUGUAAGCUUUAUUGUAAGUCUUGUUUUUAAUACAUAAUUGCAGUACACACACUGCUGUUUUGUCAUUUGGCUAUGUGCAGUCUGCUCACAACCUUUUGUUUAGGAGUUCUGUUCUUGUGAAGGUGUCACAGGGAUCAGAAAGGUCUCGAUAGGGACAGACAGCGUCAACAUACCGUUUCUCUAAAGGCCAAAGCUAAUCUUUUCAUAAUAUAAUAAUCUUUAUUACCUAGGUGAAAAAGCCUACAGCUGUUUAGCUUACAUACAUGUGAAUGUAUUUUCCACAUAUUUCCCCAACCCUACGAGCUAGAAAAACUAACCACUAAAGUCCCAGUAAGCUUUGCAGUGACCUUGAAAACUACCCAUCAUAAGGGGGUGAGUAGUCACAAAAUUUCACAAAUUCGAGGAAAGUCGUUAACAAAGUCCUAGUUAACCUAGUACACUGUAGGACUUCGAGGCAAACCAUGAGACACAGUAUAUCCUUUUGGGCGCGAUCACCUGUUACUUUUUGUGAUUUAUCUUUAAAGCUCUGUUUCGGGUUUUGAUCGCCUCUUCCAACAAAACCAGACGUUACCCAGUUCACCGCUGUUAGCAUUUGAAUUGGAUUAUGCAGAAGAAUGCUUUCCACGUGGGCCUAAGCGCUGGGCUGACAGUGAUCAAAACCUACUCCAAUCCCACACGCUUUAAAUUCCAGCGCUUGGGGUGGAUCGUAGCAGGGCUCUGGCUGUAUCCCAACCUUGUAAUUCUGAGCUAGGAGUUUCAGCUGUGGUCCCUCGGGCCUAUCAAAUGCCAACCUUCUGGAGGCGUGGCUAUAAUUUUGGGGUUCUGGGAAGUGCAGUUCUCCGGGGGGCCAGGCCUAAAAAUACCAUAAAAGGUCUGAUUCUCUUCAAUUCUGAAGCUGUCUUCUGUUGACCUUCCUCUAACAGCGGUACCCACAAUUAUACCGUGUGCAAUUCGUAGCUCUGGAGUCCUAAAUCUUCGGCUUCCUAGGACCUUGCACUGGCCCCGCCUCCGUACGCUUCGCUUGUCCACUCGGGGAACGACCUCCCGGUUGCAGACCGCACCCCCUCGCGUCGGCUCCGCCUUUCAGCCCGAAGCUUGGCGCAGGCUCCAGUUCGCGUUUUGAGCCGCUCGUGCCACCAUAGCUGCUGCGGCUGCUGUCGAUGCUGCCGCGGCGGAGCUGAAAUCGCCCAGCGCGAUGCCUGAGGGCGCUGUGGGCCAGGCAGCCCUAGUGCUCCGGGGCUGUCUGGCCUUCCCACUUUAUAAGAAAACACGCAAGACUUGAAGGGAUGAGGGAGAAAGAGGGCAGUACCUAGAGGUCAAAGCUGCAGACUCAGGACCAUUUAAAGGACUGUCCCAAGGGGCUCCUUAUCAUGAUGGCUGUGGAAGGGUCAACCAUUACCAGCCGGAUCAAGAACCUGCUGCGAUCUCCAUCCAUUAAACUACGCAGGAGUAAGGCAGGCAAUCGGCGAGAGGACCUCAGCUCUAAGGUAACCUUGGAGAAGGUGCUGGGAAUAACGGUCUCUGGAGGCAGAGGACUUGCCUGUGAUCCCCGAUCAGGUUUAGUUGCCUACCCUGCUGGGUGUGUGGUUGUGCUGUUCAAUCCCCGGAAACACAAACAGCACCACAUCCUCAACAGUUCCAGGAAAACCAUCACUGCCCUAGCCUUCUCCCCAGAUGGCAAGUACUUGGUCACAGGCGAGAGUGGUCACAUGCCUGCAGUACGGGUGUGGGAUGUGGCUGAGCAUAGCCAGGUGGCAGAGCUACAAGAGCACAAGUAUGGUGUGGCUUGUGUGGCCUUCUCCCCCAGCGCCAAGUACAUUGUCUCUGUGGGCUACCAGCAUGAUAUGAUUGUCAACGUGUGGGCCUGGAAGAAGAACAUUGUGGUAGCCUCCAACAAGGUGUCCAGUCGGGUGACAGCAGUGUCCUUUUCAGAAGAUUGCAGCUACUUUGUCACUGCAGGAAACCGGCACAUCAAAUUCUGGUACCUCGAUGACAGCAAGACCUCAAAGGUGAAUGCCACCGUGCCCCUGCUGGGUCGCUCAGGGCUGCUGGGAGAGCUGCGGAACAACCUGUUCACUGAUGUGGCUUGUGGCCGAGGGAAGAAGGCAGACAGCACAUUCUGCAUCACAUCCUCUGGGCUGCUGUGCGAGUUCAGUGAUCGCAGACUUUUGGACAAAUGGGUAGAGCUGAGAAACACAGACAGCUUCACAACCACAGUGGCCCACUGCAUCUCUGUAAGCCAGGACUACAUCUUCUGUGGCUGCGCAGAUGGCACUGUGCGCCUUUUCAACCCCUCUAACUUGCACUUCCUCAGCACCCUUCCCAGACCCCAUGCCCUGGGGACAGACAUCGCUGGCAUCACCGAGGCCAGCCGCCUCUUCUCUGGAGGGGCCAAUGCCAAGUAUCCAGAUACCAUUGCCUUGACCUUUGAUCCGACUAAUCAGUGGCUGUCUUGUGUGUACAAUGAUCACAGCAUCUAUGUUUGGGAUGUGAGGGACCCCAAGAAAGUGGGCAAGGUGUAUUCAGCUCUGUAUCAUUCCUCCUGUGUGUGGAGUGUGGAGGUCUACCCUGAGGUGAAGGAUAGUAACCAGGCCUGUCUGCCCCCCAGUUCUUUUAUUACCUGUUCCUCAGACAAUACCAUCCGCCUGUGGAACACAGAGAGUUCUGGAAUACAUGGCUCCACCCUGCACCGGAACAUCCUCAGCAAUGAUCUCAUUAAGAUAAUCUAUGUGGAUGGGAACACUCAGGCCCUUCUGGACACGGAACUACCAGGAGGAGACAAAGCUGAUGGAUCCCUGAUGGAUCCCCGCAUGGGCAUCCGCUCUCUGUGUAUCAGCCCCAAUGGGCAGCAUUUAGCUUCAGGAGAUCGGAUGGGCACACUUAGGGUGCAUGAACUGCAGUCCCUGAGUGAGAUGCUGAAGGUAGACGCCCAUGACUCAGAGAUCCUGUGCCUGGAGUACUCUAAGCCAGAAACAGGUCUGAAGCUGCUGGCAUCAGCGAGCCGAGACCGGCUGAUCCACGUGCUGGAUGCUGGGCGGGAGUACAGCCUACAGCAGACUCUGGAUGAACACUCAUCUUCCAUCACCGCUGUCAAGUUUGCAGCCAGCGAUGGGCAAGUGCGCAUGAUCAGCUGUGGAGCAGACAAGAGCAUCUACUUCCGCACUGCGCAGAAGUGUGGAGAUGGAAUACAAUUUACCCGGACACACCACGUGGUGCGUAAGACAACCCUCUAUGACAUGGAUGUGGAGCCCAGCUGGAAGUACACAGCCAUCGGCUGUCAGGACCGGAAUAUUCGGAUCUUUAACAUCAGUAGUGGGAAACAGAAAAAGCUGUUUAAAGGGUCACAGGGUGAGGAUGGCACUCUCAUUAAGGUGCAGACAGACCCCUCAGGGAUCUACAUUGCCACCAGCUGCUCCGACAAAAACCUUUCCAUUUUUGACUUCUCCUCAGGCGAGUGUGUGGCCACCAUGUUUGGUCACUCAGAGAUUGUCACUGGCAUGAAAUUCAGUAAUGAUUGCAAACAUCUCAUCUCUGUGUCAGGGGACAGCUGCAUCUUUGUGUGGCGCCUGAGCUCUGAGAUGACCAUUAGCAUGAGGCAGCGUCUGGCUGAGCUGCGCCAGCGUCAGCGAGGGGGCAAGCCGCAGGACCCAUCCUCUUCUCAGAGGGCUUCUGAACCCAAGCGGCCCCAGGCUCCAGUGGUAAUUUCUUCUGGACCAGCUCUCUCAUCAGACAGUGACAAGGAGGGAGAAGAUGAGGGUACCGAAGAGGAAGAAUUGCCAGCUCUGCCCAUCCUUGCCAAAAUGACCAAAAAAGAGCUAGGCCCGAGCUCAUCCCUGCCCCGAAGCCUGUCCCACUGGGAGAUGAGUCAGGCCCAAGAGACAGCAGAAUUUCUGGACCCAGCUCCAGCAACCAAUUCAGGACCCAGAAGAAGGGGACGCUGGGCUCAGCCAGGUGUGCCGCUGAGUGUUCGCUCCAUGUUAGACCUGCGGCAGCUAGAGACCCUGGCCCCAAGCCCUCGAGAGCCCAGCCAGCACUCACUGGCCAUGCCCCCGUCUGGGCCUGGGAAGCAUGGUCAGCAGGCUCCUGAGGCUUCAUGUGCUAGCCAGAAUGACAAGUCUCAGCUUCAGGCUUUCCAACCCUGCUCCUGCCCCCACAUUAUCCAGUUGUUGUCACAAGAGGAAGGGGUCUUUGCCCAAGACCUGGAGCCUGCACCCAUUGAAGAUGGAAUCGUUUACCCGGAGCCUAGUGACAGCCCCACUAUGGAUACCAGCAGUGAGUUCCAGGUGCAGGCCCUGACCCGAGGAUCCCGGGGACGAGUGUACCCAGGCAGCAGGGGCUCAGAAAAGCACAGCCCAGAUAGUGCCUGCUCUGUGGAUUACAGCAGCAGCCGCCUUUCCAGCCCGGAGCACCCCAAUGAAGACUCCGAGAGCACAGAGCCCCUGAGUGUGGAUGGCAUCUCCUCAGACCUAGAAGAGCCAGCUGAGGGUGAUGAAGAAGAGGAAGAAGAGGAGGGAGGCACUGGCCUCUACGGGCUCCAGGAAGGCAGCCCCCGGACCCCCGAUCAGGAGCAGUUCCUAAAACAGCACUUUGAGACUCUGGCCAAUGGGGCUGCUCCAGGAGGUCCAGUGCGGGUCCCAGAGAGGACAGAGUCUCGGAGCAUCUCUUCACGAUUCCUCUUGCAAGUGCAGACACCCCCACUCAGGGAACCAUCCCCAUCUUCAUGCGUGGAAGUGAUACCAAAACCUAUCCAGGUGCCACAGGCAUCUGGUGACCAGCUGAGAGGCAAUGGAGCCAGUCCCCUGGAAACACCCCUGGGGGCAGGAUCAUCCUCUGGCAACCCUGGUUCCCAUGAAGCAGCUCCUGUGCUGUUGCCACGCCGCCGUCACAACCCAGACAGCAGCUGGGUCCCCAAGAAAGUGGCCACAGCCAGCCCCUUGACUGGACUCCAGAAAGCCCAGUCUGUGCACAGUCUGAUGCCACAGGAUGAGGUACCUGCAUCGGGCCCCCUGCUCUCACGGGAGAUGGAGACCCAGGAGGGCCUGGCCCUGCCUCAGGCUGAUGGAUGUCCAUCUCGGCCCUGCUCCUUCCAGAGCCCCAUCACCAGUUCUAUGGCCAAGAUAGCCCGCAGUAUUUCUGUCGGGGAGAACCUGGGCCUAGCAGCUGAACCUCAAGCUCCUGUCCCACUCCGAGUAUCACCACUCAGCAAGCUGACCCUACCUGGCCGGGCUCACCUGGUGUUGGACAUCCCCAAGCCACUGCCUGACCGCCCUACCCUGGCCACAUUUUCACCAGUAACCAAGGGCCGGGCCUUUGAUGACACAGAACAGCCUGGCUCCCUAGCAGGCUUAGGAAAGGGUCACAGUCCAACUGAGAGGCAGGCCUGUAUAAGGGAAGGUACCACUCCCAAGCUUAGGACACAGUACCAGGCUCAUCUUGAGUCCAACAACCCUGGUGCCCAGCGGCUGUCAGUCAGCACCCUCCUCCGAGGCCCUGAGAACUUCCAGCCCCUUCCCCCUGAGAAGACUCCCAACCCCUUGGAAUGCACCAGGCCAGGGUCAGCCCUGAGCCAGGACUCAGAGCCAGCAGUGAGCCUGGGGCAGUGUGAACAACUUGUGGCCGAGCUCCGUGGGAAGGUGCACCAGGCUGUGGGGCUCUACUACAUGGUGGCCAGCUGCAAGACACCCUCAGAGGAACAGAGUCAAAUCAUCCAGCUCCUCAGAAACACCUUCUCUUCAGUGCGGCAGGAGCUAGAGACCCUGGCUGGGACUGCGCUGUCCAGCCCAGGCAGCAGCCCUGGGGCUGUGGGAGCUGAGCAAACACAGGCCUUGCUGGAGCAGUACUCAGAGCUAUUGCUUCGAGCCGUGGAGCGGCGCAUGGAACGAAAGCUCUGAGCUCUGGCGCCUGUUGCAAGUGAAUGCUCUCCACUCUAAACUGUGCUUCCUCCUCUACUCACCACAACCUGCAGGAUGCUUGGAGUGGAUGGAGGGACUGGCACUCAUCCAGGAAGCAGCUUCCCAGCUGCUCCUCAUGGGGCCCUGUAUUUAUUAAUUUAUUUCCCUGACUGUGCCCUCACUUCCUUAAAACUCCGCCUCCACAGCCCCUGCAGUGGCUCCUGGCAGGCAGAGGUCUUGAGUCUUUGUCAUCUUGGUGCUGUGAAGGGUAAGAGAGCAGCCUGCCCCAUCUGAUGGACACUGAGAAGGGCUGGCUCUCUCUUCUUAGAAGCCAUUUGAAAUUACUUCAGGGAUCAGCUCAUACACAGGGUACACCAUGGGGUAGCGGUGAGCGGUGACAUGGUACUCAGUGCCACCAGCCAACAGUGCACCUUCGCCUCUACUCCCACUCCCCUCCCAUACCAGCUGCACACUGUUGGCUCCCAGAGCAGAGCUUAUUUCUUCCAGCUCCUGGCAGCUCGCAAGGGCACAGCAUCCCAGCCCUUAGGAGAUGAGUUGGUAUCAGGACCUGAGUCCCCACAUUCCACUCCAACUCCCAAGAGCCCCUCCCCUCGUGGCUACAGCCAGCUGUUGGGUGUUGCUGCAGGACAGUAAAGCCCUCUGCUGGGCAGACACGAAGCCUUGGCCUCUUUUCCUCAGCCCCUUAGCCUUCCUUAUCCUCCUGCCUUGGUCCCCAGCAGCCUGCCCAGGAGCCACUGCCUUCUCACUGCAUCCCAAAUGAUGUGGUCAGAAACUUACACUUAUGUGGACUUUCUUUUGUGGUUUAGGGGGUGGACGUUCACCUAACCCUAACCCAUAGAUGAAACCAGCCCCCCUCCCACUCCACACAACUGUGUGCUCCUCACUAGGGUACUUGGCUGCCUCAUGCGUGCCUGGGUUCCUCUCACAUUCUGCCUCAGCUUCAACACCCUGGCUUAUGUGGAACGCAUAUCAAGGAGCACAAAAAGGAAUGGAACACACAAUCCAAAAUUCUUGGUGUCCACACCCUAUCUGUGAGGGAGCCCAUGAACACUCACCUGGUCCUGGUAGAAUGCAUCUCAACAGAAGCAAUGCUGUGAAGGAGGCACAGGGGCCAAGAGACACACUGGAAGGUGGCAGGUGGCACAGGGAAGUGACAAGAGGUGAGGGGACAGAUUAGCAUCAAAGGGGUGGUGGUUAGGGAUGAAGGGAAGGAGAGGGCAUAGGAGGCCCACGGUAGGUAGUUAAUAGAUGGUGCACAGUUGGAGUGAAGAACGUGUCUGUGGGCCCCCUGCUUCCGUCUACUCCGCACAGCAGGACUAUUGUGACCAGUUCAGACCACAAAAGCUUGCUCACACACGGGCAGCGCUGUAGUUAAGCGAUAAAGAAACCGGGUCCUGGAGGGUGCCCAGAGCAGGGCAAAACCUCCCUCUGCCACCACCACCUGCACGGGCAAAUAAAUUGGCUGCACCAGCCACAGCUCACCACAACUAGGCGCGGGCUCGCUCCCCAGGGCCAGGUGCUUAGCGAUCCUCAGCCAGUCUUCACCAGGCCAGGGCUACAUUCCCGCCGCCGGUUCGUGAGAAAGUAGCCGCCCUUCUCCUGUCUGCCCAGCUCAGGUGGGGCCCUGUGGCCGGGGACAUGUCCCUUUGUGCAUGUUUAAGGUCGCCGGCCGCCGCCACCCCGUCCAGACUCGACCCGCCCCAGUUUUGAGAUCCCCUUAUUUAUAACUUUUAUACUUUGUCUGGACCGUGGCGCUUGUCUCUUUCUGCUGCACCGGGCGGGGUGUGUUUUUAACGUGUCUGUUUGUAUUGCUGUUUGAAUUUAUCAAUAAACACAAUCAUUUGUUAA